GACAUGUGGACUCGCUUCAGACAAAGCGCACAGAGAGCCUUACGUGACAAGAACGGUGGUUCCAUCCAAAGAAGGGGUUUACGAGGAAUCGGCCCACAAUACAAUCCAAAACCAAGCAGCGCAAGGAGCCGAAGCAUUAUUGGAGCCAAAUGAAACCCAAGACCCUGACAAUGACAAUACAGUGAACCAGAACACAAGGAGGGAUCCGGUCCGUCUGGGCCGUCAAGAAUCGGUAGCGACGACGGAGGCCAGGCUGCGGAUGGAAGGAGUGGAGCUGAAGGAAGAGUGGCAGGAUGAAGACUUCCCAAGGCCACUACCUGAGGAUGUUGGGAUAGAUAUUCCCAUUGAAGGAGGGUUGUUAACAGCUAAUGAAAGAGAAAACCGACCUGCUUGGUCAUACUUAACAUUGGAUCAGCCGCACUGUGACAACUGUGUGUUUCCUUCCUUUCAGCUGCCUUCCUUUGAACAGCACUUUUUGGAGUUCGCUGGAAAUCAGAAACGGAAGACGAAGCUUGCUGCUCCUGAUAUUAGCUUAACGCUGGAUCGCAGUGACGGCUCAAUCCUUUCUGAGGACUUUGAGGAAAGUGCUGACAUUAAUGUUGAUGACUUGGACACCCCCUCUGAUGGUGAAUCGCUGGAGUUACCAGAGAACAGUAAUGAGUUUGAGUGGGAGGAUGACCUUCCAAAACCGAGCAAAACUGAGAUAACCAAAAAGGGUGCUGCACUAAUCUCGGAGUACGGUUCAGAUGAGAAGGAGGAACGAAGGCAAUGGCGCUUGUUUCGAAUUGGAGAACAAGACCACAGAGUUGACAUGACAGCUGUGGAGCCUUACAAAAAAGUAAUCAGUCACGGAGGUUAUUAUGGCGAUGGAUUGAAUGCUAUUAUUGUGUUUGCCGUCUGUUUUAUGCCUGACAGCAGUCAGCCAAAUUAUCAGUAUAUUAUGGAAAAUCUUUUCAAAUAUAUAAUUGCUACCCUGGAACUAUUAGUGGCAGAGAACUACAUGAUUGUAUAUUUGAACGGUGCUACUACACGCCGAAAAAUGCCAAGCUUUGGCUGGCUUCGAAAGUGUUACCAGAUGAUUAACAGGAAGUUACGAAAAAAUCUGAAGUCUCUGAUGAUAGUUCAUCCUUCAUGGUUUAUCAGGACUCUCCUGGCUGUCACGCGACCUUUCAUUAGUUCGAAGUUCGUUCAGAAGGUAAAAUAUGUCUUCAGCUUGGCAGAGCUGGCUAAUCUUAUUCCCAUGGAGUAUGUAUGUAUACCAGACUGCAUCAAAACGUAUGAAGAAGAAAGGUGUAGAAAAAGGAAUAAAAGGACUGACCAGAAGCUGAACGGACAAUUGGCACAGCCUUAAAAAUCAUCAAAUUGUCAAACUACUUGGCAAAAGCAAGACUGAAGAUUGUGUAAACCAAAUGCUUUGCACAUGAGGUGCAUUUGUUCUCAAUGCUUUUUAAAUAUUACAAAGUGCAUUUCAGGCUACAGUUUUUAUUCGCUGAUGUAUUUUAUGUGUAAUGUUAAAUCUUUUCAUGUUGACUCACUAAUUUGUUAAAGCAUUGUGACAAUUUUACCUUCAAAGAGACAGCACAUUCUUGAACCACAUGUCUUUCUUUAUAAGACACACAAUAUGCAGCAUUAUAUUCAGUUAGUGUGUGGUGCAUGAUUUCCAGUUAAACAAAUAUAUUCAAAUACAGUAAAGGGUAGAGAUUAAUAUAUUUUUCUGAUGGCUGUUUUGGAGUCAUAUUUUAUAUAAGAAAGGUUUAACUGCUACCAGUUUAUUGUGUACCAGGUCAUGAUAUGCUGUUGCCAAUGAUGGUUAUUCAAGCCAUUUGUUUUGCAAUCUGCAAGAGAUCACUGCAGCAUCUGUUAAUGUUAAACGAUUAGUUUCUAUGUUUUGUGUAGUAAACUGAAUGGUUAAAUUUGCUCAGAAUGAACAGUAUACUGUUUAGGUUGGAGUUGAAUGCUAGAAUCUUAUUUGUUAUGUGAAAUGUUAGUGGAAACCAUGUAUUGUGCAUUUAUAAAUACAUAUAAAAACAGCAAUGUUUUUCUUUUGCAUUUUAUUGUAUUCCUAUCCAGUAACGCAGUUGGUUAUUUCUGCCCUCGUGUGAAUCUGGUACGUGCAAAGAAAGAAUUAUUAGAAAACAUUCUGCCUUUAUCAAAGGGAAUUUUGAUCGUUGAAUUUUGAAAUUGCUUUAAGAAUUUUAAUUAGUGGGUGGUGUCGGAGAUCAUGAAAAUCACAUGAAAUGCAUUCUGAAUACAAAUUUGUUUCAUCACA